CUGAAAUUAUGAAUCAAUGUGAAAUUUGUUUUCAAGAUGGCCUCCUGAAAGUAGCAGUCAAGUAUUGUAUCAACUGUAAACACCCCUUAUGUGACAUUUGUAUGAAACACCACGGUAAAUUUCGGGCAAUGGUUGACCAUAAAGUACUGUCCAUGGAAGAAUAUUAUAAAAUACCGUGUACAGUCAGAAACUUUGAUGAAUUUUGCAUUGAUCACUCGGACGAAAGAAGGGAAUAUUUUUGUGAGAACCACCACAAAAGCAUAUGCUUUGAAUGCUUAAAAGGUCAACAUAAAGCGUGCGAAUCUAUUUAUAAAAUAACUGACACUAGAAUAAAAAAAGAACUAAAGUCAGAUGUUGAUGCUUUGCAGCAACAAAUCGCAGUUACCAAUGAACUAGUUGAGAAUCUUACCGAUUUAUACAGACAAAAUAUAAAAGAUCUACAAUCUAAAUUGAAAUCUGCUUCACAAGAAAUAAAAGGUUUGGUUAGUAAAAUGCAGUCUUCCUCUGUUAAAUGUCUUAAGCAGAUUGAGGAUAGAAUAUCUUCUGAUUGUAAAACCAUGAAACUGAAUGUAAUAAAAUGCGAGAAUAUUCACGAGUCGAUUAAUAAACGGAGACAUGAACUGAAUGAUUUUAUAAAAUACGGCGAUGACUUUCAUUUAUUCUUAAAACUAGUUGACUUUAAAAAAGAACAACGCAAGGACGAAAACAUGUUGCAGGAUAUUGAUUGUGUAAAACAUAGAACUGACGUUUCAUUUAAGAUUACACAACCUGAUUUUGAAAAACUUGUCAGUUUUGAAUUUCGAUCAAUUUAGUUAAACAUCGAAACUAACUAUAUGUAUGAAAUAGCUGAAUAACUUUUAAUUUGACGAAUAAUAAACCAGGAUAUCAAAGAGAAACCACAAAGACUCUGUGUC